AUGUCGAUAAUUCAACCAGUGUUUAAGCUAGAAUUAAAUCAUAAAGUAACGCCAGGAGUUGUAAUUAUUGCAAAAUAUGAUGGAACACAUCCUUGUUUGACUGCAUCUGCCGGAUAUGACAAAAUAAUAAUUCAUCAUCCUUACGGGAGUAUUUUAGCAACCGGACGAGCUCAACGGUCACAUGCACAUGGAGAAGUAUCUGAACUGAAUGUCAGCCAGGCAGUUAUAGCCCUCGCAGCAGGCACCUUAAAGCCUGAUUGUUCCAGAGAUAUGUUAAUAAUAGGAUCACCGACACAGAUACUCGCGUAUGAUGUCCAUGAUAACUCUGAUCUCUUCUUCAAAGAAGCUUUGGAUGGCGUAAAUGUUUUGAUCACUGGCAGCUUUGGCAAAUUCAAUGAGAUGUUAGCCAUCAUUGGCGGCAACAGUUCUGUCCAGGGAGUAAAUUGGAGAGGGAAUGAGGUGUUCUGGAACGUUGUUGGUGGGAAAGUGUGUUCAAUGAUCAUCCUUGAUUUUGAUAAAGAUGGGGAGAAUGAGUUAAUAGUUGGGAGCGACGAUUCCUAUAUAAGAGUGCUAAAGAACAAUCAAUUCAUGGUGGAACUCGCCGAAACCGGCCCAGUGACUUGCCUCUCGGCCAUUAACGAAUCUAAACAGAAUGCGAUCGCGUUGCAAAUGUCUGGUGAAUCGCUGGCUUGCGCGUGGGCGAACGGGCGCUUGGACUGGCGGGACGGCGGCUCCGGUCGGGUGUUGAGGAGGGUGCAGAUGCGCGCCGGCGCUGCAGCGAUGCUGCUCGCCGACUACCGCUCGGUGGGCGCACCGGACCUCAUUUGCGUUUCUGAUAGGGGCGAAGUACUAGGAUAUCCGCCGUACCACGAGAACGUCGGGUUCAACGCUACUUCCAAUAAAACGGCGUCCGAAGAGGAGCGCCUCGCGAUCACCGAGUUGCUCAACAAGAAACAAGCUCUGAUGGUGGAGCUGCAACAUUACGAGGCAAAUGCGGCGAACGCGGGUUUGAGUCUCGACGAGCUACCAGCCACUGGAAUGCCGACGAAUACGCGUUUACAAGUCGCGGUCAACCCUAACGAAGAAGAGGGGUGUCUGGAUCUUGCCAUAUCCACAAACAACGAAACGAUAGUGCGAGCAGCGCUUGUAUUGGCCGAGGGCAUAUUCGAGAGUGGCGAGACCUUGGCUCGCCACCCGUCCUUGGCCCAGCUGCGCUCUGUGCUGCACGCCCCUUUGAAACCACCCAGGGACGUUCCCGUAGACGUUCACAUAAAGGCUCUUGUCGGUUACGCCGACAGCGAACAAUUCCAUAUUUUCGAGCUGACAAAGCAUCUGCCCCGGUUUGCUAUGUACACCAUGGCUACAUCUGCCGCAGCAAAUAAAACUGACAGCUGGGUAACAUUCCAAAUCACGGAAAGGCUACAGAGAAUCUGUAUCUGGAUCAACCAGAACUUUCUCCUUGAAGAGGAGUUGGAAAUAGAGAGUGAGGAUGCAAAAGAACUUAAUGCCAGUUUCCUAAGUCUAAGAGAUAAGUCUCGUUUGGAUAUGAACUUUGCAGUUAACGGAAAGGUCAAGUUCACAACUGCUGACAUUGGAUUAGCGGGUGAACUAAUCCAAAGUUUGGCAAACUAUCUGAAUUUAGGUGAUUUACAGGUUGACAUCAGC